CAUAGAUUUUUCCGAUACGAAAUUUCUGCCAAAAUCCAAAACUAGUUUUCUGCAUUCUUUUCAAAGAGAAAAUAGAGUAAGUGUGGUUCUCGCCGGUUCGCUGCGUUCGAUGGUUUCCGGGGUUUGAGGUACCGCUACGCCGGAAAGGUACGUCCGAGCUCUUCGUGUUGCCGCCUUCCUACUCCGACUCUGCCUCCCCUCUCCCCGCCGUGACUCUCAGAAAGUUUUCCCUUUCCCUGCCUCCCGGCACGACUCCUCUUCCCCCAACUCUCUACAGCCGCUGCCGCCUCUCCUUCGUCUAAUCUCGAUUCAUAUAUGGCAAAGUGCAAUCCAUGUCGUCAGCGACUAGAUCCAAGUCUCUCCAUGCCUCAUCUUUGGCCAGCAACAUCAGAUCGAGCUUGCAUGUUGCCUCACCAGUCGAUGAUUCCUCUGGCCUCAGCUUCUCUCCUACUCUCGUUGAAAUUGCCAGCCUCAAGGACGGCAUUUCCUCCUUAUCAGUAUCGACCCCAAGCUUUCCCUAUCGCCACCACUCGCCGGAGAGGGGCGCCGCCGGCGCUAGUCAAAGCCCCAAUUUUGGGAGAACGAUGAGGCGGUUCUCGAGGGGGAAAACUUCCGCCACGGAGCUGGUCAAAGGCUCGAAGCAGUGGGGGAGGGGGAAAAGGCCAGAGAGCGGGCGGAGGAAGAAGAAGAAGAGGCGAAAGCCAUUUUAUUAUAUUGGGCUGUAACCGGUAUUCAAUUAACCGAGUGGGUAACC